CCCUCCUCCCAUGUAUUCUCAGCUCUCAGUGCCAACUCUGAAGACAGCCAUGUUGUGGAAGUCGGUCCUGUCCGUGGCACUCAUUGUGCUGGGAAUUCAUGAUUGCAGCUUCAAGUUUAUAGAGAUCGACAAGAAUGAAGAGGAGUUUGCCAUUUCUGUGGAGCAUGUCGUGUUCCACUUCAAUGAAAACCAGGAUGAUGAUUUUGCCUACAAGUUCCUGAGAGUCCGGAGAAGUCUUCGUCAGAAACAUACGCUGAAAUAUUUAGUAGACCUGGAGAUGGGCCGUACGCUUUGUGGGAAAUAUGAUGAAGACAUUGACAAUUGCCCAUUGCAGGAAGGUCCAGGAGAGAGAAAGGUCCGCUGCACUUAUAUUGUGGAGACUGAAGCAUGGGUUACUAAGUUCACCAUCUUGAACAGCACCUGUGUGCAGACUUAAGUGGGGCAGAGGUCAUUCUGUGCCUAUAGCUAAAGGCCCCUUUCCUCUAGAGGGUGACUGUCUGUAGUCUGGGGUCUCUUUAGUACCAGGACAAUAAAAGUCAUCUUACAAAACA